AUGAUUGCGUUACAAAACCAGGCUUUCUACCCUCCUGCCAAAGUGGAUAUCUCACUGCUUCUGAAGCCCCAAGAUGAGGAGGAAGCCGCCUCGGUGACUACUACGUCCGCCUUCCCUUCGAGGGCCCUCCCUCCAGCUUCCAUGGGCCAAGCGACACCUGUCGCAGCCUCGACGCCUUUGUCAUCCGCGCCGCCUCUUACCGCGAAAAUCCCAGCGUCCGUCCCUGCCAAGCGUCUGCAGCCAGCCCAUACAGCCGAGUCUCCGGCCAAGAAGCAAUCGAAGUGGUCCCCCGAGGAAGAUGCACUCAUUAUAGAGUUGCGGGGUAGUGGCAUGAAGUGGGAGGACAUCAGUAAACGGCUCCCGGGGCGAAGCGCUAUCAGCUGCCGUCUGCACUAUCAGAAUUACUUGGAGCGCCGAAGCGAGUGGGACGAGGACAAGAAGAACAAACUUGCAAGGCUAUACGAGAGAUCCGCCAGCGACCAGGGUUCGCAGGGCCAGUACAUCGUUAUCUCGCCCAAGAAAAGGAUCUGCAUCACGUACUAUUCCUCCGCCCCAACUUCCGUCAGUUGA